AUGGAGAUCAAUGUUGUGCACUUUUCUGAUGAUUAUUGGGCGAUUCCGGAGGAGGAGACAACACAUUUGGAUUUUGGAUCCCGUGAAACUAUAUUUCAAAAGCCCAAAGAUUCGGAUAACCACUUGAAGGCUCUCUACGUGAGGGGGCACAUCAACGGGAAGCCAGUUUCUUGUAUGCUUGUGGAUAGUGGGGCAAUUGUCAACUUGAUGCCCUAUUCACUCUACAAGAAGCUCGGCGGGACGGACGAAGAACUCAUCAAGAUGAACAUGACGGUCCGCGGCGUUGGAAGAGGUGAUCCCAUUGGUGCCAAGGGGGUUGCUUCGAUGGAGUUGACCGUUGGGAGCAAGACGGUUGCUACGGCGUUCUUCGUCUCCAAUGUGCAAGCACUUAUGUGUUGGCCAAUUCUGCGUCAACACCCUGACGAGUUCCGGCGGCAGGGCCACCAGUUCAUCGACUUCAUCGCCGACUACUAUGCCCGCAUGGGCGACUACCCCGUGCACCCCACCAGUGUCCACCCCGGCUUCCUGCGCCGCCAGCUCCCCGCGGACGCGCCGGCGCAGCCGGAUUCUGACGCGUUCGGCGCGGCGCUGCGGGACGUCCGCGACCUCAUCCUGCCCGGCCUCACGCACUGGCAGAGCCCUCGCCACCUGGUGCACUUCCCGGUGUCCAGCAGCACCGUCGCUGCCCUCGGCGAGGCCCUCACGGCCGGCAUCAACGUCGUCCCCUUCACGUGGGCUGCCACGCCAGCUGUCACGGAGCUUGAGAAGGUCGUCGUCAACUGGCUCGCCAAGGCGCUCCACUUGCCCGAGACCCUCAUGUUCUGCGGCGGCGGUAGAGGCACGCUUCUCGGCACCACAUGUGAGGUCAUCCUCUGCACCCUCGUCACUACGCGGGACUCCAAGCUCGCCGCCAUUGGCAGCAGGAGGAUCGGCGACCCCGUCGUCUACUGCUCCGAUCAGACCCACUUCGCCUUCCGCAAGGCCGCGCACAUCGCCGGCAUCCACCGCGACAACUACCGUGAGGUCGCGACGCUCCGCCACGACAUGUUUGCGCUCUCGCCAGCCGCGCUGCGUGCCACCAUGCAAGCCGACGUGGACGCCGGGCUGGUCCCGCUCUUCCUCUACGCGACGGUGGGGACCACCCAGACCACCGCCGUGGACCCCGUUGGCGAGCUCCGCGCCGUCACGGCGGCGCACGGCGCCUGGGUCCACAUGGACGUGGUCUACGCCGGAUCGGCACUCGUCUGCCCGGAGUUCCGGCACCUGAUCGACGGCGCCAAGACCGUGGACUCGUUCAGCAUGAACGUCCAUAAGUGGCUCCUUCCACGGCGGCUCCUCGCCAACACCGACUGCUGCGCGCUGUGGGUGAGAACGCCGUCGCUGCUGGUGGCGGCGCUCGGCACGGAGCAGGAGUACAUCCUCAGGGGCGGCGCGGCGGCGGAGGGGCACGACGACGUCGUGGACUACAAGGACUGCUCCGUCACGCUGACGCGGCGGUUCCGCGCGCUCAAGAUGUGGCUCGUGCUCCGCUGCUACGGCGUCGAGGGCCUGCGCGGCCACGUCCGCGCCCACGUGCGCAUGGCCGCGUCGUUCGAGAGCAUGGUGGAGGCCGACGCGCGGUUCGAGGUGACGGCGACGAGGCGGUUCGCGCUGGUGUGCUUCCGGCUCCGGUUGCCGGAGGAGGAGAAGCUGGGCGGCGAGAAGGCGGCGGACAACGAGCACAACCGGAGGCUCCUCGAGGAGGUGAACGCGGCCGGCUCCGGGCCGUACAUGAGCUCCGCCAUGGUGGGUGGCAUCUACAUGCUCAGGUGCGCCGUCGGGAGCACGCUGACGGAGGAGCGGCACGUCAACGAGGCGUGGAACGUCGUGCAGGAUCGAGCUGCUUCCCUCCGUAAAAUGGAAAACACGUGCACAAUAACCUAG